CGCAUUUGCGAAGACUUGUUUUCUUGUCAGCCUCGCGUUCUAUUCCUCUCAUCGGCGUUUCUUCUUUGGUCCGGGCUUCUUUCGGAUCGGGAUUAGGGUUUUCCUGAAGAUCAAGCUUUGUGAUCGCAGAUGACGACUGCUGCUCGGCCUACUUGGGCUCCCGCCAAGGGUGGCAACGAGCAAGGUGGUGCUCGGAUCUUUGGUCCAUCUCAAAAGUACUCAUCCAGAGAUGUCGCCGCUCAUACCACGCUCAAGCCAAGGAGGGAAGGGCAGCACACUCAAGAAGAAUUGCAGAAGAAGAAUCUUCGCGAUGAGCUUGAGGAGCGUGAGAGGAGACAUUUCUCAUCCAAAGACAAGUCUUACAGUGAUGAUAGAGAUCGCAGAAGGGGAAGUCAUCUUCUACUAGAAGGUUCUAAAACGGAUCCUGAACACCGGAUUGUUCCUCGUAGUGCAGAUGCUGAUGAUUCUGACAUUGAGGCCAGAAGUGCAGAUGAUAGUGAUGAAGAAAGUGACGAUGACGAUGAGGAUGACACUGAAGCUCUUUUGGCUGAACUUGAGCAGAUAAAGAAAGAAAGAGCAGAGGAGAAGCUCAGGAAGGAAAAGCAGGAACAGGAGGAAGAACUAAAAGUUAAGGAAGAGGCGCUUCUUCGAGGGAAUCCACUACUUAACACUCCAACCUCAUUCAGUGUCAAAAGGAGGUGGGAUGAUGACGUGGUUUUCAAGAAUCAGGCUCGUGGGGAAACAAAAACACCUAAGCGCUUCAUCAAUGAUACGAUCAGGAACGACUUCCACCGAAAAUUCCUGCAUAAAUACAUGAAGUGAUUGAACCGAGGGUUGUUAUUACUUGAUUGUGUGAUGAACCAAGGGUUUAUAUUCUGUCUUGGUUGUGGUGUCCUUGUACUAAAACAAGAGCAGAGCAGACUGACAAUUGUAUGAAGGUUUAUUAUAUCGAGCCCAUAUGCUCAACUUGAAUGCUAUUUUCCUGGUUUCUGUUCA